AUGGAUGUUGCUCAAACUGCCCCAAGAGGUAAUGUAAGGAGACGAAAUACGCCUGGAGCUAAUAAGACAGUAUCUAGAGCUGGUGGUAGUUCAACAACAAUGAUGAAAUUGUAUACAGAUGACGCACCAGGACUUAGAGUAGAUCCUGUGGUAGUUGUAGUACUUGCUCUUGCAUAUAUUGGAUCUGUAUUUUUCCUUCAUAUUUACGGAAAAUUUACUCGUGGUUAA